AUGGUAUCGUCUGACAAAAUCAUCACAGUCCUGGGAGCAACAGGAACUCAGGGCUCCUCUGUCGUCAAGACCUUCCUCAAAUUUCCCGAAUGGAAGAUCCGGGCGGUCACCAGAAAUCCAUCCUCAAGCAAAGUUCAAGCAUUGGCAGCGCUCUCACCGAGAAUUGAAAUUGUCACGGCCGACACCCAUGAUGUGGAUUCACUCAGGCGGGCUUUCACAAACACCACGGCAAUCUUUGCGGUGACCGAUUACUGGGCACCGUUUUUCGACCCUGAGAUUCGAGAAAAGCAUGCCACGGGACCCAACCCGGGAGACUCACUGCGACGAUGGGCUUAUGACGAUGAGAUUCAGCAAGGCCAGAACAUUGCCCGUGCAGCCUCGCAAGUAGGGGAUCGCCUGGAACGCUUCAUCUGGAGUGCCUUACCGAGUUGCAAGGAAUACUCCAAGGGGAAAUAUUCUCAUAUCUACCAUUUCGAUUCCAAGGCUGUCGUGACAGAAUACAUCCGAGACCACCACCCUGGCCUGGCCAAUAAGAUGAGCGUAAUUUUCGUGGGCUUUUACGCCAGUAAUAUUCUUCUGUCCAAAAUGAUGAGACCCGUGAAGCGAAAGGAUGGAUCAUUUUUAAUCGAACGACUGUGUCCGCCCGAGGCGAAGCAUCCUUUCAUAGUUACAGGCCAGGACACCGGCCCGUUUGUCAAGGCUCUGGUGGACUUAGAUCCCGGCAAAACCCUGCUCGCAUACACAGCUAGCUUAUCCUGGGCCGAAAUGGCGCAAAUCUGGGGUAAGGCUUUGAAUCAACAGAUCGAGUGUCGCCAAGUGACUUUGAAUGAAUUCAAAAACAAGUUCCCUGUAGAUGGAGAAGAGCUUCUAAGUGCUACUUACAGUGCGGAAUUUGGAUUUGCCGGUCGUGAUCCUGCUGUUAUUGAGCCUCGAGAUCUGGGAUUUAAGGAUCGACCGGAAGAGAUUCACGAAUGGAUGAAACAACAAGACUGGAGUGCCAUCCUCGACACAGAGCCACAUCCGAAUGUAUGA